GUUUGUUGUUAUCAUCAGCACAGGAAAUAUGGCUUGCUUUGUUUUAUUGUGUCUCUAAUUAUGCGUGUGGACUGGCUUUUGGGUGAAGAGUUUUUCUGCUGCGGAUUUUGUUAUUUCAGAGCCAUAAUGACAUAUUACAUCAAGAACUCUUUUGUCCCAGUCGACGAAAAUCAGCACUGGGAGUUCAAAGGGCACCGCAACUUCAGUGCAGAUGAAAUUCCUGCGUGGCGACCGGACGGUUCCAAAGUCUGUCCGAUUCGCAACCCGAAGGAGUUUGCCAAGCUGACGAACGGCGUGCACCGAACUCGCCAACCUAUUUCCAGAAACAUCAAUGGAUUUCUGAACAGUGGCAAGCACGGCAACAUCCUGAUCGGUGUUCUGGACAAUGGCAAGGUUGAAGGCAUUCCCAUGAACUCGAUGCAGAAAGACCAUCUGCUGGUGAACCUUGAGGAUUGCCUCCGCCGCUUCCAGCCUUCAGUGCCUCGUGAACUGGUCAAAGUCGCCUUCAUUCCAGUGGUCAGCAGUGUGGAAGAACUCCUCAACUACGACCCUGAGCAGGCCAAAAUUUGCGAGCCUCCCGAUGCAAUCAGGUUCCAACCUCACCUGUUGAGGACCUCCUCUCUGUGUUGGUGUGAGGUUUACUCAAUGGAACGCCAAAGGAAAUUUGGCUUCAUUCCUCAGUUGUAUGUGAUUGAAAUUCGCAUCGCCGCCUUGCACCCGUCCAUGCGCACCCCAGAGGUGAACAAGGCACUGACCAGCCUCAUCCCUGCAUCAGCCUCUCCCUUUGAGAGACUGAGUUGGCCUGCCUUCAUUAACGAGGACCACAGUGCCUUCGUCAGGGUCUUUGCCAGUGUGGUCAAGUACACACACCUUGAGAUUGAAAAGUUCAAUCGCAUCCAGACUCAAAUGUACAUCAAAGACUUGCUCAAGUUGGAGCAGGACAGUGAGGAGUGGGAAAAGGAGACACAGAAGUUGCUUGUCUUGCUGGAAGAUCCAACAGUGGACCUCAUUGCACUUUUGAAUGAGAUGGUCAAGGUGCAGGAAAAGCCUAUCUACAGCACCAAUCCCAUUUACUCCCAUUGAUUUUUUUUUUAUUAUGAGGAAACAAAGGUUUCUGUAACUAUAAAUAACUGACACCUUGCGCACAAUUAACGUAACAAAAAUGCACUUAACUUAAAACUGAUCUACUUUAUUAUGUUCUGGGCUCAUCAUGAUUUCUACGCAACAACCCUAUUCCAAUAAAAGUCUUAACAUCAUAGAAAGUUUUAAAAUGAAACAAUGAAACUAUAAAUUUCCAUAACAUACAAAAUUAAAAAUUUAUUUCAAGUCC